AUGGGUAUCAACCGUGUCGUUCAGUUCCAAUUCAAGUCCACCACUAGCAGCGAUGCAAUCGAGAAGGUGUCCGCCAAGAUCCAGCAAAUGAGGGAAACGUGCUUGCAUCCUGAAUCCAGGCAACCCUACAUCCGAUCCAUCCAAGGUGGCGCUGAUAGUGCGCCAGAAGGCCUCCAGCAAGGUAUCACGCAUGCAUUCGUCAUCCAGUUCGACAAUCCUGAGGACAGGGACUACUACGCCCUCAAGGACCCAGCCCACCUCUCUGUCGUGGCAGAGCUGGGCCCUUUGGUAGAGAAAGUUCAGAUUAUUGACCUGCCAAGAAAUGAUUAA